AGGUGUGGUUGGUGUUCAUCCUCACGGAGCAAUGGAUCCAGUACUCAAAACCCCCGCUCUGUCAGAAGAGCAAGCACAAUCCGAGUCAACAGAGAACAACAGCCAGACAGAAAAACAAUCUACAAAACAGCCACCGCCGCUAAUUGCAAAGUUGACUGCGAUUCUGUUAAUAUCAUGUAUCAGUUUUGGGUCUCAUUGGUAUUCGAGCGUUACCAGUGCUAUGAAAAGUACGCUCAAGAAGCAAUUACUCAUCACAAAUACGCAAUUCUCUCUUCUAGAGGCAAGCGAGGACUUUAUGGCGACAGUUCUUUUACCGUUCAGCGGGUUAAUUACCGAUCGAUUCGGAGGAGCCAAUAUGAUCGUAUAUGGCAAUAUAAUAUACACCCUGGGCUCAAUCCUUGUUGCAGCCGCAGCGACAGUCGAAUCAUACAAAUUCAUGGUCGCUAGUCGCGUCAUACUCGCCUUUGGCGAUAUUGCAACUCAGAUUGCGCAGUAUAAGAUGUUUUCUUCUUGGUUUCCGCCAAGUAAUGGGUUUGCGUCUACCGUGGGAUUUGAGCUUGCUAUUGGAAAGUUAGGAGGCUUCGCAGGACAGUCAACGGCCAAUAUCAUUGCCAAGAGAACCGGCCACUUCUACUGGACCUUCUGGGUCGCCGUCUUCAUGAACCUAUUCACAAACGCAUCCACCGGCCUAUUCUGGAUUUUCAGUCGCUACUGCGAAAAGCGAUAUAUCGGUCGACGCGACACAGCCACAAACGAAAAUUUGACCGAAAAGAAUAAAAACUUCGAGUUGAAGAAAGUGUUUGACCUUCCCUGGCCGUUUUGGAAUGUCCUGUGUUUCUCUUUGUUCCAAACUAGUGUUGCUGUGGUGUUUAGUCAGAAUUCGACUGAACUUGCUGAGAAGAGGUUCAAUGUCGAUUCGAUCAGGGCUGGAUGGUAUAGUGCGUUGAGUAAAUAUAUGGGAUUCAUUCUGGUCCCUUGUCUUGGAGUUUUCAUUGAUAUAUUUGGCAACAGGGCCACAGCCAUGUGCGUCUGUGGAAUUGGGAUGCUUCUUUGCAUGUGUCUGGUCAAUUUCGCCAAUACAUCCUCUGGUACAGCAGCGUCCUUUGGAAUUUAUGCUGUCGCUGUAUCGCUAGGACCCGUAUCAAUCAUAGAUAGUAUCCGGGCAGUCCUAUAUCAUCAAUCAGUUUUCGGAUCCGCUUAUUCAUUGAAAGUCACCAUGAACAAUGCGUAAGCUCCCAAUCCAAUGCCUGGCAGAGUUUCAUCGACACUAACGAUAUUAAUGCAGAAUGAAUAUAAUCAUCAGGAUCAUUACUGGCGCCCUUCAGGAUGUAGAUAAUGAUUCAUACCGCCGAGCUGUCAGGGUCUAUCUCUUCCAGGCUGCUGCCUCUGUCGCAGUCGGCUUGUCCCUGCUGAUUGGCGCCUUCUUUACCGAUUCUCUUGGCGUAUUGCAGUGGACGAGAAAGUAUCGUCUCAAGGAGGGUGGAGCCAUCAUCAAUUCACUCAAGGAGAAGAGUUUGACGACGCACACGAGGAGAAACAAAAGAAUCUCGAUCGUGUGUUUCGCGGUGUUGUUCUUGCUCAUUGUGGGCAGCUGGGUGGCAUAUAUAUGGGGAGCUGUGACAGGGCAUAACAAAUAAGACGUGUAUUUAGACGAAAUCCCGAUUGGAAAUAGAAGUAUAGCAUGUCUUGUUAUGAUGAUCAAGUGUUGGCAAAGAAAUCGCCGAAGGAUGUCACAAUAAGGGGUUGUGGCCAAUCAGCGCUUCAGAAGAG